UUCCAACAUUUUUUUCUUAGCAAGUAUAUUCCGUGUAUUAACAAAAUACAAUACUCCCCUUAUUUUUUUUAAGUAUUCUAUUUUAAUUGGAUACCUAUUAAGUAUGCCAAUAUAAAACUUUAACCAAUAAAAUGUGUAAUUAUCAAUCAGUAUAAAUAACAAAAAAAAAAACAUACUCCAUAAAAUCCAAAAACUAUUUAUUGAGAUGAUUUCAACAAGUAAUUACAUGAUUAUAUACGGAGUAUUUUUCUUUUAGAAUCAACACGGUAAAAAAAAAUCGACUCCUUCUCACAUGUUCAUGUAACUAGAAAUAACAUGAAAAAGUAGAUAAAACAAAAAUUAGAAAAACAACUCGAAAAGGAGAGAAUUCAAGUAAAUCUCUGAGAUUGACAUGAAAAGUUAAUCUCCUCUCACAAUAUAUUGUUUUACUUUUAUUUUUAAAAUAAUAAAAGUGAAAUAGUAAAGUGACACGAAAACUAAUUCAUAAAAUUGUGAGAAGAGAUUAACUUGGAGUGUUAAUCUCGGAGAUUAACUGGGGCUCCCUCCUCAAAAGAAGAGAAUUCCACACAAAUACAGUUAUAUCCCCCUAAAAUCUCUUGACAAGUUAUUCUCCCACCUCACAAAUCCUCAAUCUCAAAUCUUCCAUCUUUACAUGACCUCACUCCACUCUCUCUCCUCCAACACCAAAACCCAGAAAAAAACCCAGAACACCAUCAACAAUAAAGACCCCAAUUUCCCAGGUACCCCAAAACCCCCUGCAAUGAGGCUAAUUGUGCCAUUACAAGGGGUUGUUCAAGGUAGGGGUGGCCUUAUUUUAGGCUCAAUUAUCCCUUGUGCUCUUUUCUACUUCUUCCAACUUUACCUUAAGAAGAAUCGCAACAACAACAACCAACCUCCUACUUCUUCUUCAUCUCCUCCAACUCUCUCUCCUACCUCCUCCAAUGUCGAGCUUCAUCGAUCUUCUUCUCGCCCCAGUCUAUCUUCUUCUCGUUGUUCUAUUGGGCCUGCUCGUCUUUCUUCUCGGGCUUCUGUGCUUGCCGGGCCCAAUGAUUCUGCUUACUAUUUGGGCCUUGAUAGGGCCAGGAAAGAUGCUUAUCAUGAAAUUGAUAAUCCCAAUGGGGUUAUUCAGCUUGGUUUGGCUGAGAAUUUGUUGUCGUUGGAUUUGAUUGAGAAAUGGGUAGCAGAGAAUUGGGACGGUUCGAUGUUGAAUGGUGGUGAAUUGGGGAUUAAUGGGAUUGCUACUUACCAGCCAUUUGAUGGGUUAAUGGACUUGAAAAUGGCAAUGGCAGAUUUCAUGUCUAGGGUCAUGGGGGAUGUCUUCUUUGAUCCGUCACAACUAGUAUUGACGUCUGGUGCUACUCCUGCAGUGGAGAUACUAUGCUUCUGCCUGGCAGACCAUGGGAAUGCCUUUCUGAUUCCUGCACCAUAUUAUGCUGGUUUUGACAGGGACUUGGUGCGUACUGGAGUGGAACUAAUACCUAUACAUUGUCGUAGUUCUGACAACUUCACAUUAAGUAGUACUGCCCUCGACCAAGCUUAUAAUAAUGCUAGAAAACGAGGGCUAAAAGUUCGUGGGAUACUCUUCUCAAACCCUUCCAAUCCUGUGGGCAAUAUACUCUCAAAUGAUACACUAUAUACCAUUUUAGACUUUGCCAGGGACAAAAACAUUCACAUUAUAUCUGAUGAAAUAUUUGCGGGGUCAACCUAUGGGGAUACAGAAUUUGUGAGCAUGGCAAAGAUUGUUGAAGCAGAAGACUUUGAGAAGAAUAGGGUUCAUAUUAUUUAUGGACUGUCCAAAGAUCUUUCUCUUCCAGGUUUUAGAGUUGGGGCCAUCUAUACCUUUAAUGAGAACGUAUUAGCUGCUGCAAAAAAGCUUGCCAGGUUUUCUUCUAUUUCUGCUCCUACACAGCGCUUAGUAGUAUCAAUGCUGUCAGAUAAAAGGUUCAUUGAAGAAUAUAUGGAAAUAAACGAAAAGAGGCUAAAGAGGGUGCAUGACUCCUUUGUUGCUGGUUUAGAUCAGCUUGGAAUACCUUGUGCAAGGAGUGAUGGAGGAUUAUACUGCUGGGCUAAUUUUAGUGGGCUAAUCAAGCCCUACAACGAAAAAGGAGAGCUCGACUUAUGGGAGAAGCUGCUGACUGUAGGCAAAGUAAAUUUAACUCCAGGGUCAUCCUUUCAUUGCAUUGAACCUGGGUGGUUUAGGUGUUGUUUCACUGCGGUAGCUGACAGAGAAAUCCCUUUGAUUAUGGCACGGAUUAGGAAAGUUUGCGAAAGCUGCAAAUCACCCCGCUAACGUGCUGUGAGUUUCAGUAUUUUUGACUUCUUGUGAAUAAUCAAUUGUCUAGCAAAUUCGUCAAAUAAACAUCACCUAGUGGAAAGGUCGUUGAAGAAGGGAGAUAAAUGGAGAAAAUGUACAGAUAUCAUAUUAUUAGCCAAUACAACACAGAAAAAUCUUUGAUAGUUUUUGUAUGAAACAUGUCUAGAAGAGAAGAUAUAUGGAGACACUGAAUAAUUCACUCCUACAAAUAUGAGAAAAUGGUUUCUACACAAAAGAAUAUCCAUGAAGUGCUUUCCUAAGAAAUUCUUAAUGCCAGGAAGUCCUCCCUCAGCAUUUUCACUAGUCCUCCUCCACUGGCCACAAUGUUGAAGCAUCCUUGAGGUUUCUUCUUUGUGAAGUCCUGCCAUUUUCCAACCAGGCAAGUAAAUUAGCGAAUAGUUUUUGUAUAUAAGGAGGAAAUAUUAAUGACCAUUCGGCCAAUUUUGUCCAUCUGUAGAAUAUGAGGAAGUAUAUAACUUGGGAUUUUUUUUUUCCUUUCUCAGUUUUUAAAAAGCAUUGGUUGCUAAAUAGCCAUUUGUUUUGAUCAAUCUAGAAGGUUAUUCCCUAGUAGAUUGCAAUUGUACUGUUUUUGACAUGCAUAGUUUUAUGCAAAUUUCUGUAAUAUUAUGGAUU